AUGGAGGUAGAAUUUAAUCCGGCACCAGAUGAAAUACAAUUUGAUAACGAAAAGGAUAAAAUAAUCGAUUUUUUAUCGAGUAACAAUCAAAUUGUAUUUAAACAACAACAAAUAGGGGAAGCGGAUUUAAAUAAGGAACAAAAGACUGAAAUAGCUGUGGAAAUGUACGAAAAAAGUAAACUGGGAUUUCUCACCAAAUUCGGAAAAUAUCUGAAGGAAAACCAUUUGGAACACUUCAAACAAUUCUCUGAUGAUAAUGAGUGUAACUUGUUGCUAAAGCAGUUAAUGGAGGAGGAUAAGUUUAGAAGUAAAAAUGUUAAGAAUAGAAGAUAUGAAGCUUUAAAACAGUUAAUAAAGGAUGAUGAAUAUUUUACUGAUUUGGAAAUGAUGAAGAGAAAUCCCCUUCUAUAUGAGCAGUUAGUUGGGCAGUACAUGUCUUCAGAAGAAAUAUAUGAGAGGGAUAAAUAUAAGAUGGAUGAGCAGGCCACUUUUGUGAAGAUAUUAAUGGAAGGUAUUGAUAGAGACAAGGCAAUGGAAGUGAAGAAAGAGCAGGAAUAUGAUGAAUUGAAAGAAAAAAUGGAGGAUUGGGAUUACUCAGAUGAAGAAAUGUCUUCCGGAAGUCCUGAACCAUCAACAUCCGCAAGGUGGGGCGAAUUUGAUGAUGCAAAACCCGUCAUACGUAAAGCAAAAGUGAAGACGCCAAUGAUAACGCCUGAAGAAAGAAAGUUACUGAAAGAAGAAUUCAUAACUUCGAUGUACCAGAGUUUUCUCGAUGGUGAAGAUGAAGAUUUCGACUAUGAAACAAUCGAUAACAAUACCAGCUACGAUAACCUGGACCAAAUUGACCACGACAAAGAGGACGAGUAUUUCGAUUCCGAAGACCCAGAAACUGUGGACAUAAAAAAUGAAGAUCAAAGUUCUGAAGACGAGCUAGACAUUUAUAUGAGCGCGCUUAAUGAUCAUCCCGCUGUUAAUCAACUAACCACUAAAAUAAAGAAGUUAUAG